AUGGAUCUCAAGAAUAUUGCAUUGAGUGAAGGUUGCAUACGACAGAUAGACCAAGUAUCCUAUACACACACACACCCUGCGUGUGUGGUUAUCACCGUGGUCUUCCUCACCCUGCUCUCAGUCGUGAUCUUGAUCUUCUUUUACCUGUACAAGAACAAAGGCAGCUACGUCACCUAUGAACCUGCAGAAGGCGAGCCCAGUGCCAUCCUCCAAAUGGAGAGUGACUCAGCCAAGGGCAGGGGCAAGGAGGAGUAUUUCAUCUGAUGAUUCCCGGGCCCCGAGGAGCUCAUUCAGGCUCCAGUGCUAACACACUAUUUAUUAGGUGAAAGUUUUAUCUGAAGCCAGUGAGAAGCAUCGACUGAUAUGAGCAAACCUGAGCUCCUUCUAGGACACAGGCCCAAAUGCCAACAUGACUGAUGCCAGGGACCCAGGGAAAGCUAUUUAUGGGGUCUCUAACCAGGCCUUUGUAGUAUAGCUGGUUUCUGUGGCUGCCCAACAAGGUGGAGCAACACCAGGCCACCAUGAGUUA